CUUCCAUAUAACGAUUAUUUCGAGUAUUUUGGACCUCAUUAUCGGCUUCACAUCGAUCCGUCAAAUGCCACAAAUGAAAAUACUCCGGAAUUUUUGAAGAAGAUACAGGAAGGGGUGAUUGAGAACCUGCGACAUUUGCCCCAUGUGCCAAGCGUGCAAAUGCAGCCGAUCGGUGAUGAGAGCUAUGCGUCGAGAUUGCUGAAGGAGGAAGAGGAAGCUCGAGAUAACGCUGAUCCGGAUGUUCGAUUUGACAGGGUGAUUGAGAACCUGCGACAUUUGCCCCACGUACCAAGCGUACAGAUGCAGCCGAUCGGUGAUGAGAGCUACGCGUCGAGAUUGCUGAAGGAGGAAGAGGAAGCUCGAGAUAACGCUGAUCCGGAUGUUCGAUUUGACAGAAUAAUACCUCGAAAAUUUGAUAUGAAUUGAUG